CUUACUAGUACGAAAAUACACUUCCAAGUAAAGUACAUCCUUCAAGAUAGUACUCUUAUUGGCAUAGUUGCAGUCUAAUUUGACUAGUACUGGUUCAAGCUUCAAACCCAAGCGAAGUACCCCAUGUGAGCCCUGGCCAGCAGGCCAAGUGGUGAUUGAAUUAAUAGACCUCUUGUUUUGGGUUUUGUGAAUAAUAGCAGAAACAUACAGGUUCCAAGCUCUUCCUUGAGCUCUCCCAUCAAGUAUGAUUAUGAAAGUUGAUUUUUGAAUCUGUGGAUGUGAGGAAAAACAAAAGCCAUGGUCCAACCGACAAUACCCCCAUAUUCUUAUUCUGGCCUCUUUAGAUUUACUAUCAGACCAUUCAACUCAUGGGCUUUAGCCUUGAAAAAUGCUUCCUCUCCUCGCAAAGCCUUGGACCUUUACUCUCAAAUGCACCGCCGAUCAAUUCCCUUUGAUAGUUUCUCGAUACUUUUCAUGCUCAACUCCUGUGCCCCUCUGCACAAUUCUAACCUCAUUGCCCACCUCCACUCCCAUAUCCUCAAACUGGGCUUCAUUUCCCACGUCUACGUUGCCACUUCUCUGCUCCGUGCAUAUGUCCUCGCUUCCUUCAAUUACGCACGUAAACUGUUCGAUGAAACGCCUGAAAGAAAUGUCGUCACCUGGAAUAUCAUGAUAACUGGCUAUUCAAGGUCUGGGGACAUAAACAAAGCGCAUGCACUUUUUGAGGCAAUGCCUUUGAGGGAUGUUGCUUCUUGGUCUGCCAUGAUUGCGGCUUUUAUGAAUAACGGGAAACUGAAUUCUGGGUUCUCAUGUUUUCGAGAAAUGGUAGCGAGUGAGAGGUACAAACCUGACCAACUGACAGUGGGAUUGGCUCUAGGGGGGUGCGCUCACAUGGGUUCUCUUGGAUUAUUGGUGGGAAAAUCCGUUCAUGGGUUUAUGGUUAAAAAUGGGUGGGGCCUGGAUGUCAAAAUUGGCACAAUUUUGGUUGAUAUGUAUGCCAAGUGUGGUUUACUGAAGCUUGCUUGCAUAGUUUUCAACUUGAUGCAACAAAGGAAUGUAAUGACUUGGACGGCAUUGAUUUGUGGAUUUGCACAACAUGGCUAUAGUGAGGAAGCACUUUCUUUCUUUGAGGCCAUGCAAGACAUUGGAGUAAGGCCUAAUGAGUUGACUUUUACGGGUAUUCUCAAUGCAUGUGCGCAUAGAGGUUUAGUAGAGGAGGGCCGCAAGUAUUUCAACAUGAUUGAACAGAAUGGUUUGGAGGCAAGAAUUCAGCAUUAUGGGUGCAUGGUUGACUUGUUCGGUAAAGCAGGGUUACUGGAAGAAGCUUAUCAGCUUAUUACGACCAUGAAGGUGGAACCCAAUGUUGUUAUUUGGGGAUCCUUCUUGUCGGGUUGUAAGGAGCAUAAGCAGUUUGAGAUCGCUGAGAGAGUGACUAAGCAAUUGUUGGAAAGGAUCGAGCCAGAGAGCGAUGCAGGCGUUUAUUCACUUAUAUGUGAUUUAUAUGUGUUGAAUGGAAAAUGGGAUGAUGCAGAAAGAGUUAGGAAAGUAAUGGUUGGUCAAAAUGUGAGGAAGGUUAGGGGCUCUAGUUUUAUAACAAGAAGUUAAAUCCUAGGAAGCUCUGAACACAGGCAUUGGCAUCGGAAGCAGUCUCAAUGAUGCUCUGCUCUUUUUUUGCAAGCUGCUGCAACUCUACUUACCAGUCGUAUUGCUCUCCUAAAAAACAGAUUAUGCCAGAGGAGAAUGCCUUGGUCUUUAGCGUACACUUAAAAUUAUCAGUAAACUAAUUAGUUUGAUUGCUA